UCUAAAAUUUCUACAGCAAAUGUUCUACGGGAAUAAAAUCUAGUGAUCUACAAGAACGAAACAACGCCAAAGGGUCACAACAUUCCUUCACCUGUCAUAAAUAAAGGUCGACCUGCAUCAGCAUCCUACCUUUAGCGGCCACAACCAGCAACAAAGAAAUCAAAAGCAUAUCUCUGGUCUUACAUUUUCUCAUUUGUAUCUUCAUUCACUGAUCUCCCACGAGUCUCCGUUACUGUGCAAUCGGUCAUUCAGAUCAAUAACAUACCGUUUCGUCACACCUUUUUUCUCGAUUACUCCGGAAGCGGAUCCUGAAGCAAUCGAAAUACUCACACACAAGCCCACCAAGUCAUCAUUGUCUCUACAGCAACCAAUCUAUUAACACUGCUACAAGGAUGAGUUCUACAAGUCAACUUGCAACCGCAGCAUCAAGAGCGAUGCUACUCUUGUCGUUGCCCGCCGCGAUCGUAGCGGACGGGCUUAGCGGGGGAUUCCAGAGUGGCCCGAGCCCUGGAUCCUUCUACUCGGGUGGAAUGUCUUACCGCGGCGGUGCAAACGUGGUAUGGUUGACAGGAAGCCACUACAACACCGAUCUGUAUCCUAACGAUGGAUCGAAAUUCGAACGCAUGAUGGGUACCGAAUCUGAUGGUGCGUCGAGUUGUUACAUUGCUAAACUCGAUCUCGGCAAGGCAUCGGAUACGUUUAACUUUCUCGAUGAUUGGAAGUCCUACGGAAACGCCGGGAAAAUCGAAACCUGUUCGUCCAUCACGGCAACCUCGAUGUCGGAUGCUUACGUCGUUGGAAGCGUCGGCGAAGGGGGCUUGUUCUCAGAUGGGUAUCCAAUGCAGGGUCUUUUGUCGGUCUUGGACCCCGAUACUCUCGAGUUUCUUGACGCAACGCUCAUCAAAUCGGCCGAAGAUCCUUCCCGAUUUAUGGUGUACCCCCUGGAUGUCGUUCACGACAACAGAAGAGCCAACAUCUACAUUGCAGCACUAACAUCUACGGACGCUCAGGAAAAUACUGUCUUGGAUUCCGAGCCUAACUGGCACAUACAGCGAAAGAUUGGUUCUGGAUUUGAUGUCACUAUUGUCAAAAUCAGUACCCGAAACGAGAAGCCCUCGGCAGAAUGGGUCAAGCACUUCCCCCUCGAUGUGGAAGCGGAUGGCACCACACCGCCCGUCUUUGUCGCAGGUAUCAUCCUCCAAAAGGAUGAGGCCGGAAUCAACCACGUUGUCCUCUCGGGAAGCACGCGGGGUACUGGCGAGGCCUUUGGUCCUGCCGAUCCAGGCACCACCGACGAAGACGGAUUCAUUGUGCAGCUCGAUCCAAAGGACGGAAGCUUCCUCAAACAAAAACGACACAAGGGUACGGAUUACAACUUUAUGGAAAGCCUCCGAGAAGGAACCGAUACGGAUGAUUUCAUCAAGGGCAUCUGCAACAACCGUGGAGCCUACUUGGACGGAGGAAACAGCGAUGUUUUCUAUGUUGUCGGAGGAACGAAAGGAGACAUGACCACGGAUGGCCAAGGACCCCAAGACUACGACGACAAUGCUGGGUUCCAGUUUGGUGCGGGUGUGGAUGCCAAGUACCGCGAAACCUGGAACAGAGAGCAGUCGCUCAUGCCCUUUUUGAGACAGGUCAGCAUCAACAAGAGCCUGGCACCCAACUGGACAACCCAGUGGGGUGCAUUGCCCGGCGAGGUAUCUCCCGGCCAGAGUUUGCCCACUUCUGCCUACGCCGUGGAUUGUUUCGUGGACAACGAAAACAGUGCCAUCUACGUCGUUGGAAACGUCAUGAACGGAGCCAAGAUGACCCAGGGAGACGUGGAAAUGAUCAACCAGGGAGGAGACGACAUUUGGGUUGCCAAGGUCGACGAGACAACCGGAAACGUCUUUUGGUUGACCCAGCUGGGAAGCAUGGACGACGAGAAACUUGCUCACUACGGAAGUGUUGCCGUCAACACGGAAGGCAACGUCCUCAUUUACGGAGACACCACCGGAAAUAUGUACCGCCAACGCGGCGAUGAAGAAUCGAACGACAAGACCGACAUGUUCCUCAUGACCGUUGAUGGUUUGACCGGUGCGGUGAUGGACAAGUACUACCUCGGUGGAACCUCCAGCGGAUCGGUGGCCACGACUAUCAACGGCGUCCCCCCUGUGGUUUCCAUCCCUCCGGUUGCCGCUCCCACCUAUGCCCCGGUAGUAGCCAUUCCGGCUACUCCCAUCAACCCGCCCACUGCAACUCCCGUCGAGGAACCCGUCGCGAAGCAAGAGAACAAGGCCGGUGGCAAGAAGAGCAACGCCGGCGUGGUCGUCGGAAUCCUCUUUGGCAUUAUUGCCUUUGCCAUUGUCUUUCUCGUGUUUUACUCCCGCCACGUCAAGAGAAAGAAGGCCGAGGCCCAAAAGUCUUCCAUCUUUGCCUGCCUCCAGCAGUUUGACGUCGAGGACAUUGACCUCCGCCGAUCCCCCCCGGGAGGAUGGCACGGGACCUACAUGAACAAGCUCGCCCACGGCGUCAACAGCGCCGACGACCUGCAGGCGGAGAGCACAUCGACUCCCUACGAGGACACCCCCAUGACGCACUCCAGCGUCGCCAAGGACGCCCUCUUUAUGGACUCGAACGCCAAGUCGGGCGAGGACGGAAGCAACUUCCAGAUCGACGACGAGGACGAGGUCGACAUCCGGCUGAACGCCAACUCGGAGGUGGUCUAGAAGACGACGACGACGACGCCAACGCUGUUUGGCCUGCCCACGCAUCCGGUCCAUCGGUUGUGUUCCGCUCGUUUGUGUGCCUUUUACGGCAAACCAUUCGAUCGAGGACACUGUCCGGCCGAGGGAAAGAAAACCAUACACCAUCAUGUCAGCAAGUGCAUUGCUCAUCACUCGUGGAAAUCAGCAAUCACGCCAGUAUCUGCCGUGACAGGGAAUCGCAUUCUCAAUCGUUCAUGCAAAUACUUUUUCAUUGUACAAUAUAACAACUAAACAUUCUUGCGCAAA